GUGUGGACCACCAUGUGAUCCCAUGCACCAUCACCCCUAUUUACUCCACCACCUCCAUUUCCCCCCUUUCCCUAAACCUAAAAAUUUACUUCCACCAUCUCCUUCAUAUUUACACACUCAGACCAACCAUCUCUCUCUCUCUCUCUCUCUCUCUCUCUCUCGGUGUAAAUUCUUCCAAACUGCUAUGCUGUAAAAACGUAGUUCCGCCAUGGACGCACAGGAUAAGAGUAGAAUGUAUACGGAUGCUGAUUAUUAUCCUCAGGUGUAUGAUGAUGAUGAUUAUUUGGGUGACAUUCUUAAUAUCUUGGAUUACCCUGUUGAGACUUUGGAAGGAGACGCUCUUGUUGAAGAUUGGGCGGAGAAACUUGGUCCUAUCCCGUCGGAGGUUUUCAGAGAGAUUCUCCCGCCGCCAGUCAGCAAUGUCAAUGGCGGUGGUGGUGGUGGUGGUACCGGUGGUUCUGCAGAUUCCUUCCCGGAAAGUUGUCUUCUUAAAGACACGCCAAUUCUAUAUGAAGAAGAAGAUUUAACCUUAAAAAAAUCAAAACCAAGAUCCUUUGAAGCACCUAGCCCUGAUUCAGUCCUUGAACGCAGAAUGUCCAGCUCAGCAGGCAAAACAAUCUCAUUCGGAACCGAAAUCGCAAUUCCGGUCAGGACUCGAACAAAACGGGCACGGUCAACCCUGACCGAGAGUCCAUGGUCAAAGUCAACUCUACCAAUCCCUCUUCAAAAAGUCAAGGAAAAGAAAAAGAGAAGAAAUUUUGGUCAACAACAAAAUGGUAACAAUGAAAACAAGAAAUGCAGCCAUUGUGAGAUAACUAAAACCCCACAAUGGAGAGAAGGCCCAAUGGGCCCAAAAACACUUUGUAAUGCUUGUGGGGUCCGCUACAGAUCCGGGCGGCUGUUCCCGGAGUACCGCCCGGCGGCUAGCCCGAGUUUUGUCCCGGCUUUGCAUUCAAACUCUCACAGGAAGGUGGUGGAGAUGAGAAUGAAGGGUGGAGGAGUGAAUGAUGAUUAUUUUAAAAAGAAAGUGUGGAGCUCCAAUUUAAUAGACACUAGUUGAUUUUUGUUAGUUGUUGAUUUUUGAGCUUGUGUAAGACUUAGAAAAUUAGAUGAUUGUUAUGAUUUUAUUAAAUAGGUGAUCGUUUGUUUGAUUUUUGGUUCACAAUUUUGGCA